AUGGUUGCAAAUGCGGCGAAAACAGCAGAGAUGGCACCGGAUGCUCCGAGAGACAAUCCAAACGAGCCAGUUGCCGCCGAAAACAGAAUCGAGGCAAAAGAAGCACCAACUCCGCUGAUUAGAUACAAGGAAGUGAAGUUCACCACGCCAAGAACCUGGAUCAUUGUGGAUCCAAAUGAAUAUAGACAGAACAUGUUCAUGAGCAAGUGCGUGAAAUUUUCAUGGCUGAAUCCCGACCAUAAAAGUGACCAUUGCGUUGUUCUGGACGGUCCUCUUUCAAGGAGGAAGUACUUGUUAAGGACAUUCAUUGUCCUGAGUCCCACAGUACGUGCUCGCCAUAGCAAAAACACUCCAACAUUCACACCGAUUAAGCCAAAAAGAAGCUGUUGA